UGAGGUUAUUUAUCUCUACUUGAAAGUUGAAAUGGUGCUGAGGCUGAGUUCUGUGGUUUCAGUUGUGUGUCCGAGUCAUUUGAGGAAACCAAGGUUUGCCUUCGGAACUGGUGCUGGUGCUGCUACAAUUAGAAUGGCCUUCACUGAAACCCCUUCAACCUCCAAAGUCAUGGAUUCUCAUCUGCACGUGUGGGCUUCUCCUGAAGAGGCUGGUAAAUUCCCUUACUCUCCUGGACAAGAGCCCUCUUUACAAGGAAAUGUAGACUUUUUGCUCCAGUGUAUGGAGGAAGCAGGAGUAGAUGGUGCACUCAUCGUGCAGCCAAUUAAUUAUAAAUUUGAUCAUAGUUAUGUCACAAGCGUUUUGAAGAAAUACCCGACCAAAUUUGUUGGUUGUUGCCUUGCUAAUCCAGCUGACGAUGGAAGUGGGCUUAAGCAGUUUGAACAUCUUGUUUUGAAGGAUGGUUAUCGUGCUGUUCGAUUCAACCCUUAUUUGUGGCCAACCGGAGAAAAGAUGACAAAUGAAGUCGGAAAGGCAAUUUUCCGAAGGGCUGGAGAACUCAGUGUACCAGUGGGCUUCAUGUGUAUGAAGGGGCUUGAUCUGCAUAUUUCUGAAAUUGAAAGAUUGUGUACGGAAUUUCCAUCAACAGUUGUAUUGCUUGAUCACUUGGCCUUCUGCAAACCACCAAUAAAUGACGAGGAAGGUCUUGUCUUUUCUCAGCUUUUAAAUCUAUCCAGAUUCCCCCAGGUAUAUGUGAAAUUUAGUGCCUUUUUCAGAUUGUCAAGGGUGCAAUUUCCUUUUCUGGAUUUGUCUCCUCUCUUGUCCCAAGUUGUCUCUAGCUUUGGUGCUAACCGUGUAAUGUGGGGCAGCGAUUUUCCAUUUGUUGUUCCUGAAUGUGGCUACAAAGGAGCAAAAGAAGCAGCGCAUCUUAUUGCCAAUCAGAUCUCUUUGCCUUCGUCUGAUUUAGAGUGGAUCAUGGGGAGGACGGCUACACAACUCUUCCAAAGCCAAUUGACUGCCUCUUAGCAAGGUUUUCACUUUUCAUUGAGAUUGGGAAAGCUGUUUCUCAAGUUGAGCCUUAUAAAACAUUUGUAGAUAUUAUAUCAGACAUUGCAUGUUGAAUGUAAUGCAUACAAUUGUGGCAGCAAUGAAGACGUUUGUUUUACUGGGCUCUUCUUGUUUUUAGUAACCCCAAGAUACAUUACGGACACAUUUUGCUGUUUGUCCUCCUAAAUCAUCUAUUAAUUUCAGAAAACAAAGUACAUUUGCCCUGCUGUAGGGUUCAAUGAUGCUGGUCUAGCUGAAUAACCUGCGCUGAAUGAAGGGCAAAGAACACUUUGUAAUGAUAAAUGUAGCAUUUAGUGUAAC